AUGAUGUCGGCCGGCCCUCACCACUCGGUGCCCAUGACGCAGGCGCAGAUCAACCAGCAGCACCACCAGCAGCAGCAGGCCAACCACCUCGCGAAGCUGAGGAGCCGCAAGCCCACCGACAAGAACCUGCCCGACGGUGUUGAAGAAGCCCUGGCAGCAGGCAGCGAUGUCGCCACCUCCUACAAGCAACUCCGCGACCUGGAGAGGCGGCUCGAUGCGACCAUGACGCGCAAGAGGCUCGACAUUGUCGACUCGCUGAGCCGCAACACAAAGCGGUACAAGACAUUGCGCAUCUGGAUCAGCAACACCGUGGAGGACCAGUUCUGGCAGAAUAACGGCCUCAACGUUGACACGUUCGACUUCUCGUCCAACCUCGAGUCCUCAUACCGUGUUAAGAUCGAGGGGCGCCUCCUCGACGAUGAAUGGGAAGCAGAGGUAGAAGAGGAGGAGCGCAAGGGCAGUGACGACAAUCGCAACAACAGCAGCGGUAACAGCAACGAGACAGACGGCGACAAGAUGGAGACAGAUUCGCCCAGCAAAACCAAAGCGAAGCCCGCGCCCACCAAGAGACCGCGGCUGUCGCAUUUCUUCAAGGCGAUCACAGUCGAGUUUGAUCAUCCGAAGUCGGGCCGCCAGGGCGCCGAGACUACCGUGGAAUGGAAGAAGCCGGACAGGCCGCCAGCCGGGGCCGGCAAUUUGCCCGCCAUGGCCGACUUCGACGAGUUCACCUUCAAACGCAACGGCGACGAGAACGUGAACAUUACCAUCAACUUGUACCGGCACGAAGAUCCCGAGCGCUUCGAGCUGGCGCCAGCGCUGGCUGAAAUUGUCGACAUGCGCGAGGCGACCCGCCAGGAGGCGGUCAUGGCGUUAUGGGAGUAUAUCAAACUGAUGAACCUGCAAGAAGACGAGGAGAAACGCAAUUUCCGCUGCGACGACUUGCUCAAAAAAAUCAUCCCCCGCGAAACCGGCUACAUCCCCCACCUCAACGACUACAUCACCCCUCACCUGCGCCCUCUCCCGCCGGUGAAACUGGCCUAUACGAUCCGCGUGGACGAGGAGUUUCACAAGAACCCGCAGCCGACCAUCUACGACGUGCGCGUCGCUGUCGACGACCCGCUCCGCGCCCGUCUGUUGCCCUUCAUCCAGAAUCCGCAGUACGCCGCCAUGCUCAAGGAGGUCGCGGGGCUCGACGACCAGCUGGCGACGCUGAUCCAGGCCGUCGCGCACUCCAAGGCCAAGCUGGACUUCCUGACGUCCUUGUCGAAGGAUCCGGUGAACUUCGUCAAGGGGUGGUUGAGUUCGCAGAAGAGAGACCUGGAGGUCAUCAUGGGCGAGGCGACCCGCGGGGGCGGAGAGGAUGCUGCUGGUGAUGAAUGGCGCCGCGGUGGGCCAAAUAGCGUGUGGGCCACGCAGAAUGCCAGAGAGAGUGUCAAUGUCCUCCUGGCGAAGCAGCCGGCGAGGGUGUAA